CCAGCACGGACAAUCCUCUAUCGGACCUCCAUUGUCUUUAUUUUCACUGUUCAAUGACUUCACGUGCGCUAAAAACAUUGACCUAACUUUACCCACAUUAAAAGUAAACAUCAACAACUUCUAUGGGGGGUGGUUUUAUGAUGACUAUAACUUUCCAUGCAGCUACAUUAUCACGUUUUGAUGGCCAAGGCUGGGCGGGCGCCGCGCCGUUUCACUCCCGCGAUUUGUUUGCAUUGCAUUUGUGUCCAGACCUGGAGCCUCGGAGCAGAGCCGAGCCGGGCAGGGCUUGGCCUGGCCUGGCUAGUCGUUGGCUAAAAAGUCAGCUGAACCAUUUAACGGUCGUGUGAUUUCUAGGUACACAUACUAUAAGUGUAACACGCAUGGGUUCGAUUUCGUUCGGGGGUGUCAUUACCAGGAGCGUUUCAAGCUAUUUGGAGUACAGCUUCGAAUGUCCUUCCUUCGCCGCUAGAGACGGUCCUGGAUAUGACGAAGACACUUCGGCUAAGGCGGACACAGGGACACUGGGACUGGGCUCACGUCCAUUCACCAAUUACGCGCCUUUCGCCGCUGCGGUGUUCUUAAUUUCUUAAAAAGCGUUUAAACAUCUAAUGAAAGCAUUUUGGCCCGCGGUUCUGCUGUCCGUCAAAUCAGUUUCGUUUGGCUUUUCGCCCUGUACGGUUCGGUAUCGGUUUGAUUUUGGUUCUAUCGGAGGAGACUGAUUGACACUCAAUGCUGAGAGCCACAGGAUUAUGUCAUUGAGACCAUCAUGGCCAAGAUAAUAUCCACGAUAAAGGCCAUCCUCACGAGGAUCAUCUUCAGUGCCCACAGUCUGCUGGCAAUUUGGCAGGUGACGACGUUCAAGGACGACAUCAUCUACUGGACACUAUGCGGACCCCUGCUGCUGCUGCUGCUCGAGGGCAUUUUCACCAUCAUGAUCAAGAAGACGCAGGAGUGGCGCUGGUUCUGCCCCUCCGUGUUUCUAUACCUGAGCAGCAUUGUGCCCGCCAUUUGGCUGUUGGAGCUGGACAAGAUUGAGCGUCGCCUGCAGAUAAUCAAUGCCUCGCUGACCAGCUCGAAUGCCACCAGCCCGAAUCCGAACAACUUUAGCAGCCCCAGCAGCAGCCUCAUCAGCGGCCCCAGCGGCAGCAGCAAUAGCAGUGGCAUGGAUCCAGUGGCGGAUCUGCUGGACGAUGCGGGCAUCAAGCUGCCCGUCAUCAGUGCGGACACCUGGACCACCCUGAUUGAGCAGUUCCUGAUGCUCAUUCUGAUCGUUGGCCGCUGGCUGCUGCCCAAGGGAGACCUCACGCGGGAUCAGCUGAGUCAGCUUCUACUGGUCUACAUUGGCACGGCGGCGGACAUCAUUGAGUUUUUCGACUCCUAUAAGGACGAUUCCAUUGCACGUAUUGGCUUCCUGGUCUACCUGACGCUGGGCAUCUGGUCCUGGAGUCUCAUGCAGUUCACGAUUGUGCUCUCGGCCACACGGGGAAGACGACCCCGGGGCAGUGGCUCGCACCAGAAAGAGGAACACACGGACUGCUGUCAGAACUGCUGCUGUGGCAUCGAUGUGUGGGGCAUUGUCCUCAAUGUCAUACUGCAGGACGCUCCGUUCCUCACCUUCCGCCUGCUGAUCAUCUUCCAGUACAAGAUCAUCAACUACAUGAAUGUCUUCUUUACAUGUAAAAACUCUCUGGUGAUCAUCCUGCAGCUGUAUCGGCUGUACGUGGUCAACGCGGAAUUCUGGAAGAGUCGUCGGGAGAGUCGGAUGGCCAAGUCGCGCCAGUUCCAGUCGCGUCGUCGAGUCCAGGACGCAGAUCAGAACAGCAUCUAUAUGAUAUCCAAUGAGCGUGGCGGCGAUGUUAAAAAGAAAAUCAAAAAGGCCAAAGACAAAGACUAUGCCAUACAGGAGGCCAGCUACAGCAAAAAGAAAAAGGACAAAAAGGACAAGAAGAAGCGAAAACACAAGGACACGGGAUACUCCACGGCCAGCUCACAGAAUCUGUAUUCCACGAAGGCCAGCGGCACCGAGAAGGAUCCGCGACGCAAGGACAAAAAAGGCAAGAAGUCGAAGCGCAUCUGCAGCAGCUCCCCCAGCGACUGCGACCUGGCCAAUGCCAAGAAGCAGAAGCGCGCCAAGAACGCCGACAAAAACGAUAAGAAGAAAAACCGCAAGAUCGAAGUCAUUGAAGAGUCGAACAGCUCGAGCAGCAGCAGCAGCUCCGACUCGAGCAACUCGACGCUGCCCAGCUACGAGGUGAUCGACGAGAAGAAGGCGAAGGCCCGAAGGCGCAAGCAGCGGGGCGGCAGUAGCAGCGACAGCAGCUCCUCGGAAAGCAGCUCGGAGAGCUCCUCCUCCUCAUCCUCGUCCUCAUCGUGAGGUUUGAGCAUUGAGCAAUGAUAUUUUUUGGAACUAACCUCCCAGCGUUAGGUAAACAAUUUUUGUGUGGCAGUCCCCAAAUGAUGGGGCUGAAGCGCCCAGCUCCAGGUGCGCGAAUAUUUUGUAUGACCCCAUCUGAAGGGAGGUCGAAAAUUUGUCGGAAAACAUACAUAUAUUUUGAUAUGUUCAUAUGUUUGCUAAAUCAACUGUAUCUCAAUUUGAAUUGAAAAUAAAGAGCGGGUGGCAGUCCAAUAAGUUGGAAGUGC